AUCAACUACCCUAAUGUUUCCCUCCUAAAACCCUCCUCCACCCUCAAAACCCCAAUCCAUCCACAUUCCACACUCUCCAAUUUCUCCACUCUCUCUCCUCUUUCACAAUUCACACAACAAUGUCUUCAAAAACAACAACAGACCCAUCUCAAUCUUUCACUCCAUACACACUCAAACAAACCCUAACUCCCCACAAACGCGCAAUCUCCUCCCUAAAAUUCUCCUCCGACGGCCAAUAUCUCGCCACCUCCUCCGCCGAUAAAACCGCCGCAAUUUUCUCUCUCUCCUCCUCUUCAUCCGACGACUCUCCUUUGUCUGUCACCCAACACUUGAACGGCCACGAUCAAGGCAUCUCCGAUAUCGCAUUUUCCUCCGACUCACGUAUACUUGCCACCGCAUCAGAUGAUAAGUCUGUGAAAUUGUGGGAUGUGAACACUGGUCAGAAUAUGAAAACCCUUUUAGGUCAUACGAAUUAUGUGUUUUGUGUAAAUUUUAACCCUCAAUCGAAUAUGCUUGUUUCUGGGUCAUUUGAUGAGACUGUUAGGGUUUGGGAUGUAAAGAGUGGGAAAUGUUUGAAAGUUUUACCAGCUCAUUCUGAUCCUGUUACUGCUGUUGAUAUUAAUCGAGAAGGUUCGAUGAUCGUAUCGAGUUCUUAUGAUGGGUUGUGUAGAGUGUGGGAUACUAAUACUGGACAUUGUAUGAAGACUUUGAUUGAUGAUGAGAAUCCUCCUGUGUCGUUUGUUAAGUUUUCGCCCAAUGGAAAGUUUAUUCUUGUGGGAACCUUGGAUAAUACUCUGAGGCUAUGGAAUUUUCAGAAUGGGAAGUUUUUGAAGACAUACACAGGACAUGUAAAUUCAAAGUACUGCGUUUCAGCAGCGUUUUCUAUAUCAAACGGGAAGUACAUCGUUAGUGGUUCCGAAGAUCAUUGUGUCUACUUGUGGGAACUUCAGACAAGAAAAAUUGUCCAAAAAUUAGAGGGUCAUACCGACACCGUCAUAUCAGUUGCUUGCCACCCUACUGAGAAUAUGAUUGCAUCUGCUGCUCUUGGAAAUGAUAAGACAGUGAAGAUAUGGACACAAGGCAAAGAUGCUGCUCUUGGAAAUGACAAGACAGUGAAGACAUGGUCACAAGGCAAAGACUAAAUCUGAAGUUUUCUUGUCCUAAUAUAACUCGUAGCAGUCAGAUUUUUUUGAGUUUCUCUGGCUUCUUCACAGGCUCGAGGGCGGAUGUAUGUAAUUUGUAGCUGAAUAUUAAUGCUUAGAUUUAGUUGAACAUGACACCACAAUUGUUUGUAACCUUGAAACUUCAACUGGCCAAUUUUUUCUCUGUAGAAAUUAUAUCAUGUCUGAGCUAUAUACUGCAGUAUUAUUUUGUAGAUACGAUUUUCUUGCUUUUAAGUUGUCAAUUUGUCAUCCA